ACAGGCCAUCCCUAGGGGCGUGUGUGCGCGUGCGUGUGCGUCGCCCUGGUAACCCGGGAGGCGGAAAGGCGCUGAAUCACCAGCGCCCGCAGGCAGCGUCUGUGCAGCAGGAGGGCCAGGCAGGUGUCGCCAGCAGGUGCAUCUCGCAGGUGUCCCUACUGGACACCAGCUUCUGGGUGGUCAGGAGCACUGGAGAUCGCUGGAGAUGGAGUUCUAGAGGCCACAUCUGGCUCGUCAACCAUCAAAGGGAGCCUGUCCCAAAUCCACUGCCUAGAAGGCCUCAUCCUGAGUGAGGCAGAAUGGUGUCCCCAACAGGAGCACUGUCUUCAUGGCUGCUGCUGGCUGCCAUCACAGGUGGCAGCUCUCAGCAGUGCAGCGAGGGGAGGACUUACUCCAGUUCCAUCAUUUCACCCAGCCUGGAAACCGUUAGAAUCAUGCGGGUAUCACAAACCUUUUCCGUGGGAGUCUGCACAGCCGCUUGCUGUGACCUGCCUAGCUGUGACCUGGCCUGGUGGUUUGAGGGUAGCUGCUACCUGGUGAGCUGCCUGCGCCAGGAGAACUGCGAGCCUAGGACCACAGGCGCCAUCCGGUCUUACCUCACUUUUGUGCACAGACCUCUCCAGAGGCCCGAGCUGAACUACGGAGAUAUGAUGCUGGGCAGGGGGUUCCCCUCAGGAGCUUGGGGAGAUUCCCUUGAGGACCUCAAGAGGGACUUGCCCUUUCUAGGCAAAGACAGGGGACCAGAGGAGACUGCUGAGUACCCAGAUGAAUUCAAGGAACUGGAGCAGGGCCUCUUGGAGCCCUCCAAUCAACAGGACCCCAGAAGCAGCGAGGAGUACCCGGACUGGAGCUUGUUGCCAGGCAACGAGGGAGGUUUCAAUGCCUCGGCUGCAGGAGACAGCUCAGCAGCUUCCACGGAGAAGCUACAGGACACCAUGUCACACCCUCUGGACCAGGAGCACCUGCAGGCCCUGAAGGAGUCGACUUGGUCCCCCACGCCCACACACUCCGCAGAGAGCAGUGUGUGGCCCACUUCUGUGACUGCUUUACCUGCAGGAGUGGGGCUGGAUGGAGAGGAGACGUUACAGCUCGGAGGGCAACCGAGCAAUACCUCUGGAAAAGAGGUUCUAGUGCCUUCCCAUAAUCCUUCCCAUGCCAGCCUGGAGUCCAGCCCAGCCACGAUGGAGAAAAGUUCCAUUUCCACAGUCACUUCAUGGAAUACAGAAGGCAGCACCCCAACAUUUCCCACCAGUACAGUCCUCCCUGGGCUAACCCCACCAGCAUGGCCCGUGUCACCUACAACCUCCAGGACAGUUGAGGCGCUUGCCGUGUCUGUUGGAGGUAACCUAGUUAUAACCUUACCGGACGAUGAAGCAGAACUGAAGGCCUUCGUUGAGCCAGCGCCCCCUGCAGACACAGCUUACAGCUAUGAAUGGCGUUUACUGAGCCACCCUGUAGCCUUCCGAGGUCAAAUCAAACAGGAGAACAGGCCGACUCUUCACCUCUCUCAAUUGUCUGUGGGACUCUAUGCCUUCAGAGUGGCUGUUUCUAGUGAGAAUGCAUUUGGAGAAGGAUAUGUCAAUGUUACUGUGAUGCCAGCUGCAAGAGUCAACCAGCCACCCGUAGCUGUUGUUUCUCCCAAGACACAAGAGUUCACUGUGCCUUUGAUCUCAGCCCUGAUUGAUGGCAGCCAAAGUACAGAUGAUACUAAAAUAGUGAGUUACCACUGGCAAGAAGUUGACGGGCCCUUCCUAGCAGAGGUGUUUCCAGCUGAUGCCCCAGUCUUACGACUGUCGAACCUAGAUCCUGGUAACUACACUUUUAGAUUGACCGUCACAGACUCGGAUGGCGCUAUUAACUCCACCACUGCAACCCUCAUCAUCCAUGGUCCAGUGGACUACCCACCUGUUGCCAAUGCAGGGCCAAAUCAGACCAUAACCUUGCCCCAAAACACCAUCACUCUGAAUGGAAACCAGAGCAGCGAUGAUCACCAGAUUGUCCUGUAUGAGUGGUCCCCAGGCCCUGGCGGUGAGAGCAAAGAGAUGGGCAUGCAGGCAAUGCAGACCCCAUACCUUCACUUGUCUGAGCUGCAGGAAGGAGAGUACACAUUUCAGCUGAUGGUGACGGAUUCCUCGGGACAACAAUCUACCACUUUGGUCACUGUGACUGUCCAGGCUGAAAGCAACCAGGCUCCGGUAGCUGUGGCGGGCCCCAGUAAGGAACUGUUCUUGCCGGUGCAGAGUACUACACUGGACGGGAGCAGGAGCAGUGAUGACCAUGGCAUCGUCUGCUACCACUGGGAGCACAUCAGAGGCCCCAGUGCAGUGGAGAUGGAGGACGUGGACAAAGCCAUUGCCACCGUCCGUGGCCUUCAGCUGGGUACCUACCACUUCCGUUUAACUGUGAGAGACCGGCAGGGCCUGAGCAGCACAUCCACCCUCACUGUGGCUGUGAAGAAGGAAAAUAACAGUCCUCCCAGAGCCCAGGCUGGUGGCAGACAUGUCCUUAUACUUCCCAAUAAUUCCAUUACUUUGGAUGGUUCAAGGUCUACCGAUGACCGAGGAAUUGUGUCCUAUCUGUGGAUCCGGGAUGGCCAGAGUCCAGCCGCUGGAGAUGUCAUCGGAGGCUCUGACAACGGGCCAGCCCUGCAGCUCACCAAUCUGGUGGAAGGAGUCUACACUUUUCACUUGCUGGUCACUGACAGUCAGGGGGCCUCGGACUCAGACAUGGCCACUGUGGAGGUCCUGCCAGACCCCAAGAAGGAUGGGCUGGUGGAGCUGAUCCUUCAGGUUGGUGUUGAGCAGCUGACUGAGCAGCAGAAGGGAACCCUGGUGAGGCAGCUGGCUGUGCUUCUGAACGUGCUAGACUCAGACGUGAAGGUGUUGAAGAUCCAGGCGCACACGGACGUCAGCACUGCGAUUAUAUUUUACGUACAGACUGGGCCACCUUCCAAUGUUCUUAAAGCUGCUGCUGUGGCCCGGAAUCUGCACAAGCGGCUUUCAGAGGAGAAGGCAGCCUUCCUUCAUUUCAAGGUCUUGAGGAUAGAUACAGCAGGAUGCCUUCUCAAGUGCUCAGGUCAUGGUCACUGCGACCCCAUCACAAAGCACUGUGUUUGCUCCCCGCUGUGGACCGAGAACCUCAUACAGCGUUAUACGUGGGAUGGCGAGAGCAACUGUGAGUGGAGUGUAUUCUUCGUGGCAGUGCUGGCGUUGACCCUGACAGUGCUAACUGGAGCUGUGACUUGGCUGUGCAUCCGCUGCUGCAGGAGACGGAAAAGGACUAAGAUAAAGAAGAAAACAAAGUAUACCAUCCUUGACAAUAUGGACGAACAGGAAAGAAUGGAGCUGAGGCCCAAAUACGGUAUCAAGCACCGGAGCACGGAGCACAACUCCAGCCUGAUGGUGUCAGAGUCUGAGUUUGAAAGCGACCAGGACACACUGUUCAGCCGGGAGAGGAUGGAGAGAGGGGUCUUCAAGGGUUCCGCGAAUGGCUCUGCCAGAAAUGGUCCUUCCUUCAGUUACUUCUCCAAGGACAGAUAACAGGCUGCUGUGGAGGCACCUGGGAGCCUGGGGCUCAGUACCGGGCAGUGAGAGUUAAAACACAAAGCUGACCCCUGCUUGGCACAGUGCAUCAUCAACCCUCUGGGGGGCCUUGCUCUGUGCUCUAUGUAUUGACUAGAAGACCCAGGUUCUUGGAACUUUCAAGACACACACACACAAUACUGCUUAUUCAACUGAUGUUCAGUAAUAGAGAAAGGGGAGCAUAAAGCUUCUGCAGAGUGAACUGGAACGUUCUGUGUCUCUGUGGUGGACACUUCAUUAUAGUUAUUGCCCAGAGUGAAAUCAGACUAAUACCUGUUUCUAUGUAUAUAGCCCCCCAGGAAAGACAAGUUCAGGAGGGUUGAUGUCCAUAGAAGCUGUGAUUGCCUUUAAGAACUUUCCAGAAGCGGCUUCUCAGAGGACCUGCAGGGUGAGCUCACAGUUCAUCUAAGAGGCAGGGACCAUCUGUGUGCAAUGUCCUGCGCUGACCAUGGUGUCCAUGAUGCCAUCAGCUGCUGCCUAGGCCAGAAGUCCAGGAGCUGAGGAAGAGUCAGAGUGUAAGGACAGGAGGGGGCUAAAGACUUGCAGGCUAAAUGUUGACAUCUGCCUUUACCAUUCUUUUCACUCUCUCUCUAAGAAAAAGAAACCAGAGUAGGGCUUCUUUCAGCCCCAGUAGACAUU